GUCAGUGUUGCUAGCGUAGCAAGCUGCGCACUAGACCCAACCAGGAAGUCAACAAAGUUGCUAAUUAAUAUUAGUUUCACUUUGAUCUAAACCUGCAUUAACGUAGAAACAACGGCAUGAGUUCUGCUGCCUCUCCGACUAUUGGGGAGUUAUUCCUCAUCCUCAGUGAGAUGGGAUUCACAGAGGAACAGAUCCAGGCAGCUAUACAGGCGGGCCAUUUUUCUGUGCCAGAUGCAGCCGAGUGGCUCUUACAGGGUCAGUAUCCACGGCACAGGUUGGUCAAGCAGUCAUCACAGCCAGCUGAGACAGCAUUUUCUGCUUUCAACCCACCCAAAGAGGCAGCGAGCACCUCAGAGACGCAAGCAUCUCCUUCUGACAGCAGAGUGCCCCCGUCAUUGGUGCUGAGACCAUCACAGUCCCCAGACCCACUACCAGUCGAGUCCCGCAUCAAACAGGACAAGAGUGACUUUGAAGAGCAGCAGAGACAGCGUGUUGCUCAGGAGGCCCGAGCAGAGAGAAGAAAAAAGAAACAGGAGCGUGAGUUGGUGUUGAAGCGGAUAGCUGAGGACCGGAGGAGCCUGCAGGAGAAGGUCCAGACCAGCCCCGCCACAGAGAUGUCUCCUCCCAGUGCUCAAGGGCAAAAGCUUGGAGGAAAGAUUCAGACUAAUGUCGAUAACAACUGCGUCCUCAUGAUUCGGCUGCCGUCCGGUGAGUCCAUGCGUGAACGCUUCCCAGCUGACGCUCCUCUGCGCAGCGUCGUGGAGCACAUCGCCGGACGUCACCCCUCCCUACCCUCCUUCUCCCUCCUACAGGGUUUCCCACGGAAACGUUUUGGGGAGGCAGAGCUUGCUUGUUCACUGCACUCUCUCGGCCUCACACCCAACGCUGCACUGUGUAUUCAGACCACUCCUCCGGAGACGCCUCAGGACGCACAGAGUCCUGCAGAUCCACCAGCAGCGGGACAGAAUGAGCCGCCUGAGUGUGAUGUGUCUCCUCAGCCACAUAUCCCUAACCUGGAGGGGCCUGGAGGGCAGGACCCUGUUGUACCUCCUCCACCACUACCCAACCAGCUGUGGGAAGAGGCAGUGAAUUAUGCGGGGAUACCUGGGGUUGGUCCUUCACUGUCUGGGCCGUCUCACUUCUGGGGACGAGGCCAGAGAUUGGUUCCUGGUAACGCUGAGGAAGCUGCUGGCAUAGAAGUUGAUGAUGAGCAAGAAGGAGAGGACGAGCCACCUGACGUGCUUAACGGAAUGCCGAGGCUGCCUUUCUUCCCGGAGAAUAGGUUCAGAGGAGAAUUUGAGCCCAGGCACCACUGGCCAGAGCAAGGCAAUCGACUCAGGGAGGCUCCAGAAGAGGACCCAGCAGAGCCAGAGGAUGCGGGAGGUCGGGUGGCGCCUGUAGCUGCAGGUCUGGCUGCAGUGGAGCGUCUUCAAAGAGCUGCACAGGACCCCCGUGCCUCCCAGGGACAACCGUCACCACCUAAAAGACCCUUCAGGACACCCAGCGUGCCGUCCCUAUGUGCCUUGGCCACCCGAGCAACUGUCCACCUCAUGACUGCUCCCAGCAUGCAGUACAGCAGCAGUCUGGCAUGCCUCACCCCGGAGCUAGCAGAGCUUCUGCUCAACCACAUGUCCCGCGAGAGGCUCCUACGUCCACGAACCCUGGAGCUCUUCUUUGGCUGCCCGUUGCAGAAGUUUGUCCUGAACUGCUACCCUUACUCCACCAAUGAGCUCCUGCGGCAGUUACGCGCCUUCACAGCACUGAAGCAUCUGAGUCUGGUCAACUCACCUCUCAUCACGGACUCUGGGCUGUCAGUCCUGUCCAGCCUGGUCAAACUCCAGUACCUCAACCUGACCUCCUGUAGCAAACUGACCGACUCCUGUCUGCAGCAUAUCACAGGUUUAAAGAACCUGUGUUUCCUGUCCCUGGACCAGACCAAAGUGACUGAUGCUGGGAUGGUUCUGUAUCUUCAGUCGGCUCCGUCCUGCCUCUCUCAGCUCAGCCUGAACCAGACGGCUGUGACUGAAGCCACACUGGUAGUCCUGCCCACCUGUGUGCCACAACUGCGUCUCCUCAGCAUCAAGCAGACGAAGGUCGGGGAUGUGUCAGCUUUGGCAGAGAUGUCCAGCCUGCAGACUCUCAACCUAGAUGGGACCGGUGUGACAGAAAGCUCACUGGAGCACCUUGCCUCCCACCCGGCCCUGUCUUCGCUAAGUUUGGCAGGAAUCCCUGUAGUGGACGGCAAUCAAGCCCUGCAGAUCAUCUCAGGUCUAAAGUUGAACCAGCUGACACUCCCUGGACGCCACUCUGUGACAGACAGCGGGCUGUCAUUCCUCUCCAGACUGUCUCUGCUCUCAGAGCUGGACCUGACAGACUACACACAAGUCACAGAUCAGGGAGUCAGCCAGCUCUCCACCAUGACCAGGUUGAAGAAGCUGUCGCUUAGCAACACUCAGGUGACAGAUGCAGCGCUUCCCUCUCUGCGUGGCCUGCAGGAGCUGCAGGAGCUCUGUUUGGACCGAACGGCAGUCACGAGCCGAGGAGUGGCCAAACUCAUCACCUGUCUGCCGCACCUCCAGGUGUUGGGGUUAGCCAGCACUCAGGUGGGAGACACAGUAGUGUGGAGGGGUCUGAUCUGCUGCCAUCAGCUUGUUAAACUUAAUCUCAGCCGUACGCGGAUCACAGACCGCGGUUUGAAGUUCUUGAAAAACAUGCAUCUGGCUCAGGUGAAUCUGGACGGCACCGGUGUGAGUCUGAUGGGUAUCGCGAACCUCCUCUCUUUCACCAACAUCAGCAGCAUUCGCGCAAGCAACACUCGCACCGUUCCCCCUGACGAGGUCUCAGACGAGGAGUGGGAAGCCCAGUGAGCACGGAUACCCUCGGUUGGUCCACACAUACCGCACCUGAGCGCGCCUCUGAACGCUGCGGCCCCCCCUUGUAGCCCCUGACACAUGCUGCCAGCACGAUACUCUGAAAAACAACAUAACCGAAACACUCCUCCUACUUGCACUGUUUUAACUGUAGCUAGUGCCGCUAAUCUGUCAAUCAGGCACGCUGCCAAGUUGAAACCUUAAUCGGGAGCCUCGUGUUUAAAAACUAGGCCAUCUCUAACGUUUACGUAUAUAUAAUCAAUCUGUAUUUACUUGCAUACACUGCAGCCCUGUUGUCUCUGGAAAACUCCACCUGACAAACUUUACAGCUUUAAAGCUUUUAUGUGCAGCCUUAUAGGUAGGAGUAAUUGUUGGACAUUAACUUAUAACACAGCAUGUAUUUUCAGUCCGUAAUGACUAACAGACUGAUAUAUGUAGACAUUAAAUGAAAACCUAGAUAACAAACGGUCAGUUCAACCAAAUAAGGUUGCAGACAUGUUUUGGGAGGAUGUGAAGACAAAUAAUGUCUUCCAGUAUUAUUAAAACUAACACUGAGUCUUGAGCUGUAUUCAUGUCACGUUCACGUCAGCCUUUAGCGAGGUAUGAUGAGCCUAAAGCCAGAGUUUUCAAUGUCACAAAGGUGGCUGUCUUUUAACCUGGCUAGAUGGCCACAAUAGCUUAUGCUGCAUGCCUAACCUGCUGGCCUGGAUUUAAAUUGGCUAUAAAAAGCGGUGCCCUCUAGCUAAUUCUUUUCCUGACAAUAUUGUCCAUGAGCGAUACAGAUUCUGAGAUAAGGGAACACGUUUAACUUGCUGAGCCGUACAUUAAUGUCUGUGAAAGAAGCUGUGUAAUUACAGCUGCGCACAUUUAAGCAUCACAUUGUGGUUCUGUUUCACAGGAACUUACAUUCAGUUGGUGAUGCAGGAAGUCAUUUUUUCCCCGCUUGCUUCAUCUCUGAUUUGGGUUUUAGGUUUUGUCAAACUUGCUUCAUACUACUCCCCUCAGAUGUUUAUUAGAAGUAGGUCCAGUGUUUUUCUUUUAGCACUGUUAAUCUUGCAGCAACUACUGCUGCAGAUGUCAGAAUAAACUGAAAUUCGUAUGUUUAUCAUCUUGGACAGUCGUAAUAUAAUUUCUGCUCCCAAAGACAAGAGAUGUUCCUGUUAGUUUAUGAUAAUUAGUAUGGCUCUAAAUCCAUAAAAAUGAAAAGAAUAGCCAGGGCGCUUUUGUGCGACAGGGUGUUGUUGCCACCAUGACAAAAAAAGAAAGAUGUCCGAUGUCUAGAUGUAUGAUAUUACAUUACCAACAUGGAAGUGUUUUAUUAUAACACACCAAUUGGUCAUAAUGGGAACUGUUUCUUAACAAGGCCUGUCAUUAUAACAUGAAAUGUUUAAUUGAGAAACCGAUUUCGUGUAGUUAUGGCACAUGUCACAGAUGUCAAAGAAUUAACAUGAUAGAAUAUUUUCAAUUUCUUCGUUGAAAUUAUGAGAAGCGGAAGUUUGUUUUUUUUUGUGAUGGUGAUAGCGAAAAUGCAGUCGUACCAUUUGUGUUGACACCAUUCCAGUUAGACAUGAACACAGCUGACAGCUCAUAAUGAAGAUUUUUAUAACUUAUGAUGUCACCUCUAUGGAUGUUAGUUCACAGUAACCCAUGAGUCACCUAAAAACACAUUUUUUUUCCCCUUUUUAAAUGCAUCCUGGAGAUGCAAUGGAUUCAGUUUAUAGUUUCUAUGAAUUGAAUUGCUUACCUUCUUCUAUUAGUGUUAGUUAUGCCAAGAAAUGCCAAUAUUUAUUUGGACAGUCCAGCCAUUUUCAGCUACAUGGAAGACAGGGUGAUUAGCAUACAGUGUAGUGUAGCGGCUGUAGGAUGAGGUGAGAUCUAUGCAGCCAUGGGGCUCAAAAAGCCAGAAUCCAAAGCAACUUCUUUAUGACUUCAAGUUUUGUCCUCUUGUUUACAGAGAUGUAAAAUAGUUUAUUUUCCCUAACAGCUUGUGAUUUUUGGAUACGAGUACUGUAUUCGUUAAGUUGAAAACAAUAAAGUCUUCUCAACCUAAAUAUGCUGUUUUUA